AUAAUUGGAAAAACCAACAAACCGAAUUUAGCUGAAUCAUUUUAAUGGAAGGUUGGGUUGGUUUCUUCAAAUUUUCCGAAACUUUGCUGAGCCCUACCAAAUUUCGAAUAAUUUAGGAGUUGGUUAGACUCCGUGACCUGGCAGACUGUCCAUGAUCUAAAUUCCGAAUCCCAAACAACCUCCGAGCUUCAAAGUUUCCGCUUUGUGAUUGAGAUUCCAAUCUUAGAGAUAGAUAGAAACAGCGAUGGUGGCGGGUGCCAACGUCGGCGUGGUGUUGCUGUUGCUUUUUCUGUGUCUUCUGCGGAGGAGCGACGCCAUAUGGUUGAGUUUGCCGACCUCUGGCACAAAGUGCGUCUCCGAAGAAAUCCAGAGCAACGUCGUCGUUUUGGCCGAUUACGUUGUCAUUUCCGAUGACCACGUCCACUCCACCCCCACCAUUUCCGCUAAGGUGACUUCGCCUUAUGGGAAUUCCCUCCACCACCAGGAAAAUGUCACACACGGCCAAUUUGCAUUUACAACUACCGAGGGUGGGAAUUAUCUGGCUUGCUUUUGGGGGGGAGGCCAUAAUGCAGGAGGUGGCGAUAUAAGUAUCAACAUUGAUUGGAAGACAGGUAUUGCAGCAAAGGAUUGGGAUUCAGUUGCAAGAAAAGAAAAAAUUGAGGGUGUUGAGCUUGAGCUAAGAAAGCUUGAAGGAGCAGUUGAGGCCAUCCAUGAAAAUCUUUUGUAUCUCAAAAACAGAGAAGCGGAGAUGCGAACUGUAAGCGAAAAAACGAAUGCUCGUGUGGCUUGGUACAGUUUGAUGUCACUGGGAGUGUGCAUUCUGGUUUCACUUGCCCAAAUAUGGCACUUAAAACGAUAUUUCCAAAAGAAAAAGCUGAUUUAGAGAGGGGGAAAAAGGAAACACUAGAUCCAUCUUACCUUGUACUUUAUCAUCUCUUCAACUCCUAGAAGUUUUUGCUCUUGAAUAUAUUUUGUGCUGCGGAAUGAUUCCUUUUUUUUUUUUUUCCUUUUUUUUUCUUUUAGUCUGGAAUUAAAGACUUACUUUGUGAAAUCGUGAGAUAUACGCGUUUCCAGUUUCCUUAUAUUAUUUGGCCUUUGUAUUUUAGGUUA